AUGACGUCUGCUUAUUUCGGAGUCGCUGGUGGAGGUAAUGCUGGAGCACAAUCAGCAUAUUUCGGUGUCGGUGGAGGACCGCCAGGUGGUGGAGCACCAAAAUCAACUGGAGGAGGUGGCGGUGGCGGAGCACAACAGCCAGGAGUCUCGUGUUAUCUUGGAGCCGGAGCCGGUGGAGCAGCUGGGGGCGGUGGAGCACAAUCUGCAUACUUUUCUGUGACACCAACUGGAGGCGGAGCUGCACCAUGUGGAGGAGGUGGAGGUGGAGCUGGAAUUGCACCACCUUCUAGCGCUGGAUCUUAUUUCACACCACCAGCCGGUACUGGAGGUGGAGCCUCAACGAUGACCGCAGUCGGCGGUGCACCACGAGGAGCAUCCACAAUGACAGCAGUCGGCGGAGCCCCAAUGGGCGGAUCCUCAACCAUUACCGCAGUGGGCGGAGCUCCAGCUUCUGGCUCAUCAACAAUGACGGCAGUGGGCGGAGCACCACGUGGAGCUUCCACCAUGACCGCUGUCGGUGGAGCACCAAUGGGAUCCGGCUCAACAAUGACUGCAGUUGGAGGAGCUCCGAUGGGAUCUGGAUCCACGAUGACCGCAGUGGGCGGAGCCUCUGCCAUAACUGCUAUCGGAGGAGCUCCAAGAGGAGCAUCGACUAUGACUGCUGUUGGUGGAGCCCCAAUGGGAGGAAGUUCGACGAUGACAGCUGUCGGUGGAGCCCCACGUGGAGCCUCUACGAUGACUGCUGUCGGUGGAGCACCAAUGGGAGGAUCUAGCACGAUGACUGCUGUCGGAGGAUCUCAGCCGCAGUUCGGAGGAGCUCCAGCACCACCAAUGCCAUCUGGGUCGUCGAUGGGAGGAAGUGGAGGUGGAUGUGGAGGUGGCGGUGGUGGUGGAGCCACUUCGGCCUACUUUGGAGUCAGCGGAGGAGCCAUGGGAACUGGUGGAGCUCAAUCGGCGUACUUUGGUGUUGGUGGAGCACCAGCUGGUGGUGGUGGCGGUGGAGCCAGAUCUGGAGGCGGCGGCGGAGGUGGAAUCCCCGGACAAUCGGUGUACAUGGGAGCCGGCGGCGGUUGCGGCGGUGGAGGAGGUGGAGCCACAUCGGCAUACUUUGCUCCAAAGUAA